UAAAAACCGUUAGGAGAAACUUGUAAAAACAAAUUUUUAAAGAGUCAAGCAAAGAUGGGGAGCAUCAUGAAAGCCAUCGAUAUCCAAGGGGGCAAAGGAAGUGCCGAUGCUCUGUUCGUUGACCAGAUCCCAAUACCAAAGCCCAGUCCUGGCCAGGCUUUGGUCAAGAUCAAAGCAUUCGGGCUAAACAGAAUGGACUUGCUCCAGCGCGAGGGGAAAUACCCUGUUCCUCCGCAAGCUCCUAGCACCAUGGGUGUCGAAUUUUCUGGAGUAAUCAAGGAACUUGGCGCAAACACAAACAAUGGCUUUCAAAUUGGUGACAGUGUUUUCGGCCUAGCCUAUGGCGGGGCCUAUGCGGAAUACAUCGUUGUGUCGACCAAGAUGUUAAUACACAAACCCUCAGGGUUGACAUGGGAGGAGGCUGCAGGAAUACCGGAGACCUGGAUAACUGCAAGCCAGGCGCUCUACCUGAUCGGUGAAUUUAGCGCUGGAAAGUCCGUUCUUUGGCAUGCAGGGGCUUCAUCCGUAUCAAUUGCUGGGAUCCAACUUGCAAAGAUUGGCAAAGCAUCUGCUGUCUAUGUGACUGCAGGUUCGCAAGAAAAGAUUGACUUUUGCGUACAUGAACUCGGGGCUACUGCUGGUUACAACUACAAGACUCAAGACUGGGCCUCAGAGAUUCUGAAAGAAACGAAUGGCCGUGGAGUCGACAUUGUAGUCGAUUUUGUGGGCGCCACACAUUUUCAAGGUAAUCUUGACGUGGCCGCACGGGACGCACGUAUUGUCCAACUAGGACAGAUGAGUGGUUCCAUUUUGCCUGCCAAUACUGACAUCAGUGGAAUCCUGAGGAAGAGAUUGAGGUUUGAAGGCAGCACUCUUCGAAGCAGGGAUGAAGACUACCAGGGGAGACUGCGUGAUCUUCUGGUGGACCAUGCUUUACCCAAAUUCAACGACCAAACUUUCAAAGUCUUCAUCGACAAAGUUUUUGCAUUUGAAGAAAUCGCGGAUGCCCAUAGGUUGCUCGAGAGCAAUCAAACCAAGGGAAAACUAAUAUGCACAAUUGACUGAAUGCAAAUUGACCCGGUUGAGAAGCCAGCAGCUGACUCAAAGGUGGAAGUGGACACAGUUGGCGUAUAUACAAAUAAAUUAACAAUGAGGUCACUACGAAG